AUGAGACCAUCAACCUCGAUCCUCCCAUUACUUUCCUCCCGUACUGCCCUCCCCCACUCUAUCUUAUCCGUACGACUCCUAUCUACCUCUCUUCCCCGACUUCAAUCUCAAUCUCCCCUUCCCAACUCUAUAAGCGGCAGCCCAAAUUCACCUGCUACCGAACCUACUCGACCGCCCUCAAAGCACAUAGCCAACCCGAAAUUCCUUACUGAUCGACCAGUGAAAAUUACCCACAAGCCUGUCUUCCCUGCUCCGCAUAACCCUUUCGCUCCUACGCCCGCACCCAAGACGUACAAUGAUAUCACCCUGAGGAUACUCAGAAGGGUCAAUAGGUUAUUGGGGUAUAAUAGAAGACGAAGGACGACGGCGAGGGAGACGGGAAGAAUGAUGAAAGGAAUUGUGGAAGCUGUAGAAUACGAUAAAGAUUUCUGGUAUGGAGAAUGCGAUCUGCCUCGUACAUUCCAUACGUUCUUUACGAUCCAUUACCUCUACGUCCUCCUGACCCUCGUUCGACUCCGUGCUUUACCAAACUACAUACCCAACCCUUUAUCUCCCUUACCUCAAUCUGCCUAUCCAGGCUUACCAGGAUCGACCACCCCGGUUCAAAGACCGAGUAUAAUCGAUACGUUGGAUAACGCAGGAUGUUAUUUCAGUAGAGUGAAGCAACAUGAUUAUCGAUAUCAACAAGUCCUCUUGACUCAUUUCUUCGAUAUUGUCGAAAAUGAAAUCCGUCUGAUGUUAGGUGUGGAAAUCACCCGUGAAGGUGAAACAAUGAAGAGAUUAAGAGAAUAUCAGGAAAGAGGUAAUUUCGCUAGAAUGUCUUUAGACUACGUUUUAGGAUUGACAAAAUCGGAAGAUCCGAAAGAUAGGGAAAUUGCUGAUGGAGAAUUGGCAAGUUUCAUCUGGAGGUUCAUCUUUGCUAGAAGAGGGACGGGUAAAGGUCUCGAAGGUGAAUUGACAUAUCCCGAAGGAGAGGGUAUGAAGAAGGGUAAAGAGUUGGAGAUGGCCGAACAAAUUGAGACGAUAGUGAAGUUUGUAAGAAGGGAAUUGAAUAGGUUGGAUAGUAUCUCGGAUAGAGAUGUUAUUGCUGGGAAUGUGGGGAUGUUCGGCGGUGUAAGACAGUAG